CCUUAAUCUCGAAGAAUUGGCAUUUGAAACAUUCAAAUAUUCUACCCCAAAAAACAAAUCAAAAAAAAAAUGGGAGUUGAAGACAAAGAUCCACUGGCUCAAUUGAGUUUACCACCUGGUUUCCGAUUUUACCCUACCGAUGAAGAACUUUUGGUUCAGUAUUUAUGUAGGAAAGUUGCUGGUCAUGAAUUCUCUCUCCAAAUCAUCGCCGAAAUCGAUCUUUACAAGUUCGAUCCUUGGAUUUUACCAAGUAUGGCGAUGUUCGGGGAGAAAGAAUGGUAUUUCUUUAGCCCAAGGGAUCGGAAAUACCCAAACGGGUCCCGACCAAAUAGAGUAGCUGGGUCGGGGUAUUGGAAGGCAACUGGAACAGAUAAAAUAAUCACAACACAAGGGAGAAAGGUUGGAAUUAAAAAGGCCCUUGUAUUUUAUGUCGGUAAAGCACCUAAAGGUACCAAGACUAAUUGGAUUAUGCACGAGUAUCGCCUCACAGAACACAACCGUAAAGCCGGUAGUUCCAAGUUGGACGACUGGGUAUUAUGUCGAAUCUACAAGAAAAAUUCCAGUGCAGCCAAGCCUACAGUAAGUUUGGAGCAUAGCACAGCUGAAACAUCCUCCUCGUCAUCAUCGCAUCUUGAUGACGUGUUAGAAUCUUUACCAGAAAUCGAUCACCGUUCAUUCGCCUUGCCACGUAUGAAUUCUUUCAAGAAUAGCAAUAGCAAUAGCAAUGUUGCCCAACAACAGCAGCAGCACCACCAACAACAACAACAACAACAACAUCAGCAACAACAAAAUCCACAAAGUCACAAAUUUAACCUUCAGCAACUGGGGUCGGGUAGUUUUGACUGGGCCUUUCUUGCCGGGUUAACUUCGGUACCUGAAUACACUUUCAAUGGGUCAACCCAACCUCAAUCGGGGAAUAAUAAUGGAAAUGACAUGUUUGUCCCUUCAUUACCACCCUUGUCACAAGUGGAAUCUUCUGUGGAUAACAAACUUCGUACCACGAGGUUAAGCGAUGAGGAGGUCCAAAGUGGUAUUUCAACUAAUCAAAGAUUCAAUUCGGGCUAUUUCAAUCACAACAAUACCAACGUGUUCACUCAAAACUACCACAACUCGAUGGACUUGUUCGGGACGGGUCAUUCAAAUCAGUUUUCGGGUUUUGGGUUCGGAUUCAGACAGUAGACUCUGGGAUUAAACAGUUUUGGGUAGUGAACAACAUUGUUGGCAAAAGUUCUGAAGAGGGUAUUAGAUGUAAAUAUCUCUCAUUUGUUGGGCUAACUUUUGGGGAAAGUAGAAGUGAAGGAAAAGUAAAACAAAGUUUUAGUCUUUGAUUAAAUUAUUUUGGUUUUAGGGAGUGUAACGGAAAGGUAAAAGACUAAAAGGGGGAUGGAUGAGUUUGUCAAUUUUUUUGUCUAGUUUGGUAAAGCUCAUGGUAUAAGGUUCAAUGCACAAUGUGAUGAAAAUCUGAAAUUGAUAAAUGUAAUGCCAAUAUUUGAGGCGCCGAAUUUCUUUA